AAGCCUGCAAAUGAGUCACCUGUUUUCACAUUCAGGGCUGAGAAGUCAUAUAAAUUUCUCCAGCUCCUGUCAUAAGACAUCAAAGCAACUGGUUGGUCUGAGAACAAUCGCCUUUUGAUGACGGCUAUGCAACUCACCCUGUUCUGGACUGUGUGUCUGCUGCCUGGCCACCUAGCCCUGCCACUGUCCCGGGAGGCUGCCGAUGUGAGCGCGCUGCAGUGGGAACAGGCUCAGGAUUAUCUCAGGAAAUUUUACAUUCAUGACUCUAAAGCAAAGGAGGCCAACAGCCUAGUGGUCAAACUCAAGGAAAUGCAGAAGUUCUUUGGCCUGCCCGUGACUGGAAAGCUAUCCCCCCAGAUCGUGGAACUAAUGCAGAAACCGAGAUGCGGAGUGCCAGAUGUUGCAAAAUAUUCCCUAAUGCCAGACAGUCCAAAAUGGCAUUCCAGAGAAGUCACCUACAGAAUCAUGUCCUAUACUUCAGACUUACCACAGUUCAAGGUGGAUCAAAUCGUGGCAAAAGCUCUCAGAAUGUGGAGCAAGCAGAUCCCACUGAAGUUCAGAAGGGUCAGGUCGGGGACUGCAGACAUCAUGAUUGGCUUUGCAAAGGGAGAUCAUGGAGACAGCCUCCCGUUUGAUGGGCCAGGAAACACACUGGCUCAUGCCUUUGCGCCGGGGCCAGGCCUCGGAGGAGACGCUCACUUUGACAAGGACGAAUACUGGACUGAUGGUGAUGGCCCAGGAGUGAACUUCCUGCAUGCUGCCACCCAUGAAUUCGGCCACUCUCUGGGUCUGGGCCACUCUUCUGACCCCAAUGCUGUGAUGUAUCCUACCUAUGGAAAUGGCAACCCAGAAGACUUCAGACUGACAGAGGAUGACAUUGAAGGCAUUCAGGAGUUAUAUGGAAAGAGGGAUGAUUUGUGGACAAUGCAGACACUUCAAAGAGACUAACUGUGCGUUCAUUAGGCUCUCCAUUGCAUUUCCAAUCAGAAUGAGCAAACGCCCUUCCUGAACUAUCGGGGACUUGGGGGGGUCCAGCCCCUCAAUAGUCCCCUCCCAGGGUCCGGGAAGAAUCUACAACCAGCUAAAGAAAUGAAUCUAUGUACACGAAACUCCUUAGUCCAUACACUAUUAUUCUGUGUGAGUUCUCUCUCUACAAGCUUCUAUUCUCUUUUAGCUCCUUUCCUGGAGCCAGCUAAUAUAUAUAUAUAUGCUAAAAUAUCACCAAGAUUUCUUAAGCCAUGGCUUGACCUUUGGAGAAGUCCUCGACUUUUCCAAGUAGCAGCUUUUGUGAUAGUAGCUGAAUUCCAUUAUGUUUUCCUGUGGCCUGCAGCACUGAACUGGGUGUGGCACUUGCUCCAUUGUUCUGUGGGUGGGUUUUGCAUGUCCCUCUGAGGGUCUUCUUUACUGGGUAGUUCUGACUAGUCUCAGGUGACAUGAAGUUGAUAGACGUCAAUAAAUGUUACAAUGCACAAAUAA